CUUUGGUAUCAGGGCUUCUGCUUCUAAUGUUAUCGAUACUCUUUGAGGAAGCAAGAACUCAACCGAACCAAUUUGGUGAAAUACACUUAGGUUCUCAGUUAUCUCCCAUCUCUAACUUACAUUCAUGGCAAUCCCCUUCAGGCAACUUUGCGUUUGGCUUCUAUUCACAGGGAAAUGGAUUUGCUGUGGGAAUAUGGAUGAUGGGUCAACCUAAUAACACGGUCGUCUGGACUGCAAAUCGAGAUGAUGAACCAGUCUCCUUCAAUGCUACAAUUCACUUAUCAGAAGAGGGUAAGCUACUUCUUCGAACUGAGCAGGGCAAUGAAAAUCUUAUUGCUAAUGUUUCAGAAGUCGCAGCUUCAGCUUCAAUGCUUGAUUCUGGUAACUUCGUGCUUUACAGUGGUUCUUCUGUUAUUUGGCAAAGCUUUGAUUACCCAACUGACACCAUAUUAGUAGGUCAGAAUCUUACUUAUUCUGAUAAAUUGGUUUCAAGUGUGUCGAGCUCAAAUCACUCCAGUGGAAGGUUUUUCCUCGCGAUGCAGGCAGAUGGAAACCUUGUCGCCUACCCUACAAACAGCGCUGGUCUAUCUGUUGAUGCUUACUGGGCCAGUAAUACUUAUCAAGACAGCAAAAAGGGGUUGAGUCUCUAUUUCAAUCACCAGGGAUUUCUGUUCAUGGAUACGGUCUCUAAAAAACCAGUCUUGUUGGCAAGAAGUUCUUAUCCCUGUAACAACAAAACAACAAUCUUUCGUGCGACGCUUGAUGCUGAUGGGAUUUUCAGGUUGUAUUCACACUGCUUAGAGAACAAAACUAGCCGGAGUGUGCAUAUUGAGUGGUCUGCGUUGAAUAAUCAAUGCGAUGUUCAAGGCUUCUGUGAUUUCAACAGUUAUUGCUCUGGCAUGGGCACUAAUGCUGACUGUUCCUGUUAUCCUGGAUUUGCUUUCAAUGACCCCAGUGAGAAAUUCAGUGGAUGCUACAAGAAUGUCCCUGAAAGUUUUUGCACAGGCACCAAAGAAGGGCAAAUGUACGAUGUCAUAACCGUAGAGAAUAUAUUGUUCGAACGAUAUCCUUAUUCUGUCCUAGAUGAGAAGAAGGAAAAUUGUGGUUUGUCUUGCCUGGAAGAUUGUCUCUGUGAUGUUGCUCUAUAUAAGAAUGAGAGGUGUGAAAAGUAUACUGCACCAAUUCGAUAUGGUAUAAAAGAUAUAAACGAAUCAUCUAUAGCCUUCUUCAAAGUGAAACCGACUCCUGCUGCACCUCCAAUGAGCCUGACAAUCAUCAUAGAAAGCAAGAAAAGUUUACUUGUGUUUCUUGCUAUAGCAUUCGGCUCUGUUACUUUCUUGUGUUUUGUCAUUGCAAUCUCUACUUUCUGCGUGUACAGGGAUCGAGCUUAUCUUUACGAAAAGCUGUCAGGAAUCAUAAGCUUGGCUGGAGAGUUCACUCUGCGGUCAUUUUCUUAUAGUGAGCUUGAGAAAGCUACAAGUGGUUUCAGGGAAGAGCUGGGCAGGGGUUCUAUUGGUGCAGUUUACAGAGGGACAAUACCUGGGGGUGACAGAACUGUUGCUGUUAAGAAACUUGAGAAAGUUUUAGAUGAAGGGGAAAAAAGGUUUCGAGCCGAAAUCACUGUGAUUGGACAAACUUAUCACAGGAACUUGGUUCGGUUGCUUGGUUUUUGUGUGGAGGGCUCUCGGAGGGUUCUCGUCUACGAGUACUUGAGAAACGGCACCCUUGCAGAUCUUGUAUUCCAGUCUGAGAGGCGCCCCAUUUGGAAAGAAAGAGUGAGGAUUGCUCUAGAUAUAGCUAGAGGAAUACUCUAUCUACAUGAAGAGUGUCAAGCCUGCAUCAUCCAUUGCAAUAUAACCCCUCAAAACAUUCUCAUGGAUGAUUCUUGGAUGGCCAAAAUCUCCGAUUUCGGAUUAUCAAAGCUAUUAUAUCCAGACGAAAUAAGAAGCUCGAUGGCACUCUCACAGAGUAGAGGGCACAUGGCACCUGAAUGGCAGAAUAACGCCUUGAUGUCGGUAAAAGCUGAUAUCUACAGCUUCGGAGUUGUACUUCUGGAGAUCAUCUGUUGCAGAAGCAGUAUAAAAGUAGACGUCUCAACACCAGAUGAAAUGAAUCUUCCCAGUUGGGCAUAUCAAUGCUUUGCAGCUGGACAGUUGGAUAAGCUUGUGAAGGAUGAAGAUAUAGAAUUCGAGUCACUGGAAAGAAUGGUGAAGAUUGGACUGCUGUGCGUUCAGCAUGAUCCAGCUUUACGUCCUUGUAUCAAGAAUCUGAUCUUGAUGCUUGAAGGGUCUGAUGACAUUCCAGCUCCACCAGCUAUAGCUCCAUUUCGCAUCACCGCUUAGUAUCCAAAUAAUUUGCCUCAUGUUUUAUGCAUAAUCUAUACGUAAUAUGUAGCCAUGUAUUUGCGUGUUAAAUGGUCGUGGAUUUGAAGUGAUUUGUGAGGUGUUUUUAUC